CAUUUGGGGGAUAUCUGUACUGUCCUGACAUUUGGGGGAUAUCUGUACCGUCCUGACAUUUGGGGGGAUAUCUGUACCGUCCUGACAUUUGGGGGAUAUCUGUACCGUCCUGACAUUUGGGGGGAUAUCUGUACCGUCCUGACAUUUGGGGGAUAUCCGUACCGUCCUGACAUUUGGGGGAUAUCGGUACCGUCCUGAUAUUUGGGGGAUAUCGGUACCGUCCUGACAUUUGGGGGAUAUCGGUACCGUCCUGACAUUUGGGGGAUAUCGGUACCGUCCUGACAUUUGGGGGAUAUCCGUACCGUCCUGACAU